AUGGCUGCCGCCGGGGGCGAGAGAUACCUUACAACUGCUUGGAGAGUGGGAAGGGUUUCCCCUGGGAGACAGAACUCGGGAGCCGUCGGAGCGCCCGCCCCAGAAGAGAAACCGUAUAGGUGCCAGGAGUGUGGGAAACGUUUUGUUUACAUAUCAAAACUCGUUGUGCAUCGGAGGGCCCACACGGGAGAGAAACCCCACGAGUGCGCGGAGUGCGGGAAAGGCUUCGCUUACAAGUCUUGCCUUGUGAGCCAUCAGAGGCUCCACACCAGAGAGAAACCGUACGGAUGUCCGGAGUGUGGGAAAAGCUUCGCUCAGCAGUCUGCUUUUGUGAUACACCGGAGAAUCCACACGGGAGAGAAGCCCUACAAAUGCGCCGAGUGCUGCAAGUCUUUCCCUCAGCUCUCCGACCUAGUGAACCACCGGAGGGUCCACACGGGAGAGAAGCCCUAUAAAUGCACUAAGUGUGGUAAAUCUUUUGCCCAGUGCUCGGCCCUUGUGAUCCACCACAGGGUCCACAUCGGGGAGAAACCCUACACGUGCUUGGAGUGCGGGAAAGGGUUCCCACAGCAGUCGGAGCUUGCAAAACACUGGCGGACCCACACGGGAGAGAAACCCUAUACCUGCCUGGAGUGUGGGAAAGGUUUUCUUCAACAGGCUCACCUCAGUGGACACCAGAGAACCCACUCGGGCGAGAAACCCUACGGCUGCGGGGAGUGCGGGAAAGGUUUUGCUGACAAAUCGAACCUGGCAAACCACCAGAGGACCCACACAGGGGAGAAACCCUACAGUUGCACUGGGUGCGGGAAGCAUUUUGGCCAAAAAUCCCACCUCGUGAGACACCAGAGAGUUCACACAGGAGAGAAGCCUUACAACUGUUCAGAGUGUGGGAAAUGUUUUGCCCAAAAAUCAAAUCUUUUGAUGCAUCAGAGAGUCCAUUUGGGGUAGAACUUGGCUUGUAACAUGCUCUACAGAUCUGUUUUUUUUAAGUUUCCCUUUUCUGUUUCAGUUUGCAAUACUGUCUUUGCAUUAUUCACCCGUGAGAGCAUUUGAAUGAAAGGAGAAUAAAUUGUCACACUAUGCAAAUAACACAAGUAGACCUCUCCAGAGUCUACCAUGAGACACUGGAGAAAUCCUCGUCCGAUAUUCCUGUCUCAUGCAAGAUAUAAACUGUUGCCAUG